AUGUCGUUCCUCGGUGGCGCGGAAUGCUCCACGGCGGGAAACCCUCUGACGCAAUUCACCAAGCACGUUCAAGAUGACAAGUCCCUGCAGCGCGACCGGCUGGUCGGCCGAGGCCCUAGUAUGCAAGAAGGCAUACGGUCACCAGGCAUGAUGGGCGGACAAGACCAGAUGAUGGACGAUUUCAUGCAGCAACCAGGCCAACAAAUACCGGGAGGACCGUCGCCACAGCCCUUUGCGAUGGAGCAUAUGCGACGCGAGCUGGAGAAUUUCCAGCCGGCACAGGCUCGCGCAGGCUCGCCCGGGUGGGCGGCCGAGUUCGACCCGGGCGAGCAGGCCCGUAUGGAGGCGGCAUUCCCCGGGGCACAGCAGCAGGGGGGCAUGAUGAACAACAAGUCUGGGUUUACGCCGGCGGAGUUUGCGCGGUUCCAGCAGCAGAGCCGCAUGGGCAUGCCGCAGACGUCGAGUCCCGCCACCUCGGCAACUCCGCCCCAGAUGGCGGGGUAUCAACGGCCAAUGGGGAUGGGCGGCUACAUGGGAGGAAUGGGCGGUAUGGGGAUGAUGCGGCCGAUGGGUAUGGGCGGGCCGAUGGGUAUGCAGCAGGAGCCUGCGGAGCAGACCACGCAAGAUAAGGGCAAGGGUCGGAUGGUGGAGCUGGACGAUGAGAACUGGGAGGCGCAGUUUGCCGAGAUGGAGACGGCCGGGAACGAGACCCGGACGGAUGAUGAGGCCAACGCCGCUAUGGAAGCCGAGCUGAACGAGCUGGACAGGUCAGUGCCCACCUCCAAUGACGCCUUUGAGUCCGUGUGGCAGCGGGUCCAGGCUGAGACGGCAGCAAGCAGGAAAUUGGCCGAGGGUGACGGCGAGUUCGAGGUUACCGAUAGCUUGCACGUCGGUGAUCUCGGUGACUGGGAGGGCUUUGAUAGUCUCAACACCCGGUUCCGCGACCCGCAGCUCGGCGAUUAUAUGUUUGAAGAGGACAAUGUCUAUCAGUCUGUGGGUAAUCCGUUUGAGGAGGGUGUCAAGAUCAUGCGUGAUGGUGGGAAUUUGUCGCUGGCUGCACUGGCUUUUGAGGCCGCCGUCCAGAAGGACCCGCAACAUGUGCAGGCCUGGACCAUGCUGGGCUCUGCGCAGGCGCAGAACGAAAAAGAGCUGCCGGCCAUCCGCGCCCUGGAGCAGGCGCUGAAGGUCGACCCGGGGAACUUGGAUGCCUUGAUGGGGCUGGCCGUCUCAUACACGAACGAGGGCUACGACUCAACGGCCUACCGAACGCUGGAGCGCUGGCUGUCGAACAAGUACCCGCAGAUCAUCGACCCGAAGGAAGUGUCGGGCGACGCAGAUCUCGGGUUCACAGAUCGCCAGCUGCUGCAUAAUCGUGUGACAGAGCUGUUUAUCAAAGCCGCCCAGCUGUCCCCGUCCGGAGCCCAAAUGGACCCAGAUGUACAAGUGGGCCUGGGCGUGCUUUUCUACUGCGCCGAGGAGUACGAAAAGGCAGUAGACUGCUUCUCCGCAGCCCUAGCAUCCACCGAGUCCGGCACCACCAACCAACAAGAGCAGCUGCAUUUACUCUGGAACCGGCUGGGCGCCACGCUCGCCAACUCGGGCCGCUCCGAGGAAGCCAUCGAGGCAUACGAGCAAGCCCUAACCAUCAACCCCAACUUUGUGCGCGCCCGCUACAACCUCGGCGUGUCCUGUAUUAAUAUUGGCUGCUACCCCGAGGCUGCUCAACAUCUGCUGGGUGCCUUGUCCAUGCACCGCGUCGUCGAGCAAGAGGGCCGCGAGCGGGCCCGCGAGAUUAUCGGCGGCGGCGAUGCGCCAGACGGGCUGGACGACGAGCGUCUCGAGCGUAUGCUGCAUAUCAGCCAGAACCAGAGCACGAAUCUGUACGAUACGUUGCGGCGCGUCUUUAGUCAGAUGGGCCGUCGCGAUCUGGCGGAUCAGGUUGUUGCUGGGAUGGAUGUGAAUAUCUUCCGCAAGGAAUUUGAAUUCUAG